AUCUAUUGAGCGUUUUAGCCCAAAAUUUACACACUUGAAUAAGAAUCCUUGAAAACCCUAGACUCGUGAAUCAAUAUAUAGACUCCGCCAUAAGUAUUCGUAACUUCGCCGCCGUUGAUUAUUAUCUUCAAAAAUACGCUGCGGCAACUAAGUGAGUUGGUGCGAAGAUGAGUCGUGGUACAGCAGCGGGACCCAAGGGGAAGAAGAAAGGAGCGACCUUUACCAUCGACUGUGCUAAGCCGGUUGAAGAUAAGAUCAUGGACAUUGCCUCACUCGAAAAGUUCCUCCAGGAACGGAUCAAGGUAGGCGGCAAAGCCGGUGCUCUUGGCGACUCCGUCACCGUCACCCGCGACAAGACCAAAAUCACCGUCACGUCCGAUUCCAACUUCUCCAAGCGUUAUCUUAAGUACUUGACGAAGAAGUACUUGAAGAAGCACAAUGUCCGGGAUUGGCUUCGAGUGAUUGCUUCCAACAAGGACAGAUCUGUUUAUGAACUCCGCUACUUCAAUAUUGCCGAGAAUGAAGGGGAGGAGGAAGAAUGAAGAAUCAGUUCCACA